UUAUAGGUGCAAGUGAUAACACAGCAGAGAAUCAGUGCAGCUGCAGGGUAUUUUUAAUGAUUUACUACUGACUAUCACUAUUCUUUCAACAUAUUUGAACUCCAGUUGAACAGACGCUAAUUGAAAACUUUGGCUAAAGUCAUUAUGGGACGUAAAAAAAUUCAAAUUACAAGGAUUCAGGAUGAACGUAAUCGACAGGUGACGUUUACCAAAAGAAAAUUUGGCUUAAUGAAAAAGGCUUACGAAUUGUCGGUGUUGUGCGAUUGUGAGAUAGCUCUCAUUAUCUUCAAUUCAACGAAUAAACUAUUCCAGUAUGCCAGCACUGAUAUGGAUAAAGUUCUUCUGAAGUAUACUGAAUAUAAUGAACCGCAUGAAAGUCGAACGAAUGCCGAUAUCAUGGAGGCUCUACAAAGGAAGGAAAGCAAAUUGGGCGGAGUGGAAUCGGAUGAAGAUUCUCCUGGCUCUUCAACUCCGAACCUACCAAACACUUCAUCUGGCAGUGCUGCACCAGCUGUUGCAUCCGUCACCAGCAGUACAUCUAGCAUGGAUUUCAACGGUGUCACCAAUAUAGCACAACAAAUUUUCAGCUCAAACGUAUUCCUCUCUCAUUCGGUCGUUUCUUACAAUGGUUCGCAAGAUUCAAGCGCUACCAUCGCUUCCUCUUUGAGUCGACCGCAACAAAUGGAACCGAUCAAAACGCAUCAAUUAGGUUUCCCCUCAACAAGUUCGUUCCUAAAUUAUGCUGAUUGUUCCUCUAGUCCACGAUCUGUGGUCGCUAUAACAACCAGUAAUAGUGGAAAUUGUGCUGAUAGUCCAGUUUCUUCUUGCGAGCAACAUAUCAAUAUCAGUCAGCCAACGCAAAGUGACACGCAGUUGCAACUCGCGCAUUCCGAAACUGCCGUCGUAACUCGAGGUCAUUCUGUAUCUUCUGAUUUGAGGUUGACCUCAAGCACUGGUACACGAACCGGUCCAGUUGACUUGAACCAAGAACAACAGCAACACCUUAGUGUCACAAGUUUCAAUACUUCCUCUUGGUUAGCUGUGCAACCAAAAUCUUAUAUCAAAGAUGAACCCAAUUCACCGCCGGAAAAAAGAACACGAAUCGACGGUUGGCAGGCUCAACCCAUAACAUGAUAUUUGUAUAUGCAUAUUCCAUUAGUUGGUUGAAAUUCUCAUUUUUAGAAAUCUUGG